CUCAUUCACUGGCGGAGUCGCUGCAUUUAUAGACAGGGGGGCGUGACGUCAGUGUCUCGCGAGAUGAGACGUCGGGAUUAGCUGUCCGGCAGGAGUCAAGGCGCUAAACGUUAACCGCGUUGCGGGACUUUUAAACAGCGAUCCGGGGACUGCGGACUGUGUUAAGGAAAUUGGGACUGCCCCGGGAAAAGCGGGCGGUAUGUCCUCAGUUGUGUCCUCUCUCCUCUCUGCUGUAGUCUCUUGUCAGCCUGACUUGUAUUGUGACAACUUUAUCUGUGGGACUAGGAAGUUGUGAGGGUGCCGGGAGAGAGGACAUGCCGUUACUGCACAGAAAACCGUUCAUUCGACAAACCCCACCUCCGGAUUUACAACCAACCGAGGAGCUUUUCUACUGCCGAGUUACAAAUGAAAUCUUCAGGGACUACGAUGAGUUUUUUGAACGCACUAUUCUGUGCAACAGCCUAGUGUGGAGCUGCUCCCUAACAGGCAAAUCUGGCCUUACCUACCAAGAAGCACUUGAAUCCGAAAAAAAAGUGAGACAGAGCCUGAAGACCUUCCCGGAGUCCUUAAUCGUCCCUAUCUUGUACCUCUCCACACUUGUGAGACGCCAGCGGGCGACAGAUUUGUGUCAGGAAAUAUUUGCCUACGUGAAGGACAGAUUCUUUGUUGGUGAAACAGUGACUGUAGUGAGAAACAGCGGUGCAAGGUUGGAGUGCAAAAUCUUGGAUGUUAAACUCCCCCCUCAGCAAAAUGGUGUGGCUAAUGGCCACAUUAAUAAUGAUGAUGAUACCAUUGUUAUCAGUGAUAGUGAUGAGGAACCGCCUACUGAAACACCACACAUUAGGAAGCCAACUGAUCCCUCCUUAAUUAAAUAUAAAGUUAAGCCAAUUGAAAAGGAGCUAUAUGAAUCUUUUACUGUCAAAGGAUGUCAAAUCAGUCGAAAACCAUCGCUAUUUUCCCAAGACAGACUGAAACUUUUUCUGAAGCUUCACUGUGAAGCACAUGAUGGAAUAAUAAAGACUAAGGCAAAUUCAGUCGCAAAAUACCAGGUUUCUGUGGGAAACUUUCUAAAUUAUUUCCCUGAGGAGCCUCCGGAUUUUCAGCACUCACUUCCAAACAAAAAAAUAAGUGGAAAACCCCUUCCAAACAAGCACUUAAAUCGGGGCAAUGGAUUAGCAAACAAGCAAAAACUGAUCCAAGCUGCUAAAGAACGAGAGAGAAUUUUGAAACAGAAAAAGGAGCUGAAAGCAAUGGAAAUGGAAAAGGCAAAGAUGAGAAGAGAACGUGCAGAGGAGGCAAGAUCACGCAUGCAAGAGAAAUUUAUCAAGGAAAAGCAAAGGGAACAGCUGAAAAAAAUAGUAGAGGUGCAAAGGUUAAAGAAGAAAGAAGAGAAAGAGAGAAUAAAACUGGAAAAAGAGAAGGAAAGGGAGAAACUUCUUGAGGAAAAGAAGAAAUAUGCAGAACGUCUAAAACUGUGGAGCAAGCCUCGGGAAGAUUUAGAGUGUGAUGACCUUAAGGAGCUUCCUGAACCUACUCCAGUGAAAACAAGGCUCCCGCCAGAAUGUUUUGGAGAUGCCAUCAUGGUGUUAGAGUUCCUACAUGCAUUUGGAGACCUGUUUGAUCUUAAGGAUGAGUUUCCGGAAGGAAUGACAUUUGAGAUGCUAGAGGAAGCUUUGGUGGACAGUGACCCUGAAGGUCCACUUUGUGAACUUCUCUUUUUCUUCAUGAUUGCCAUCUUUCAGGCUAUGGCUGAAGAAGAGGAGGAAGUAGAAAAAGAACAAAUAGCAGAGGCUGAACCCAAAGAUUUGUCAGAAGCUUUGGAUGAAGAUACAGAUCCAACAACAUCUGCCCUUACAGCUGUGGCCACUUUAGCAGCAGUGUGGCCCCAACUACACCAAGGUUGCCGUCUAAAAGAACUAAAUUUGGACAGCUGCACGCUGUCUGAGAUUCUGCGGUUACACAUUUUGGCAUCUGGUGCUGAUGCAACUUUUGCUAAUGCUAAGUAUCGAUACCAAAAGCAAGGUGGAUUUGAUGCUACAGAUGAUUCUUGUGUGGAACUACGGCUCAGCAAUCCUACCAUCCUGAAGAAGCUUUCCACCAUAUCUGUUUAUGCCCUGCAACCUGGUGAGAAGUUGAUGAUUCUUCAUGCAUUGUGUGGGAAGCUGCUGACAUUAGUCGCCACAAGAGAUUAUAUUGAAGACUAUGUGGAAGAGCUGCGGCAAGCAAAACAGGAGUUCAGAGAGCUGAAAGCUGAACAGAAUCGAAGAGAACGAGAAGAGGCUGCUGCCAGGAUUCGCAAAAGAAAAGAGGAUAAGCUAAAGGAACAAGAGCUGAAGAUGAAAGAUAAACAAGACAAACUUAAAGAUGAAGAGAACAAAGACUUUUCCAAAGAUAUUGGAAAUGAAGAGCAAGAUGAGUUAGACACCAGCUCUGAGAACAAAGAUGCUGAGCAAAGGGGCCAGGAUUCAGCUUCUGAGGAUGAAGAAGAUGCUAAACCAACUGGCAAAAAAGGCAUCCGAGGCCAGAAGGGACUUAAAGAUGGGAAGAACAGAAAUAGGACUAGUGAUGGGGGACUGGAAAAGAAAGAAGAUUUGACUGCUGAGGAGGAAGAGCAGUUGCGGCAGGAAUACCUAAAACGAGAACAGGAAUUGGUGGAAAAGAUCCAGCAAGCAACUGCUUGCACCAACAUUUUCCCUCUAGGCCGAGAUCGAUGGUACAGGCGCUUCUGGACUUUCUUUUGUGUGCCGGGACUCUUUUUAGAAGAGGAUUACUCUCACCUCACUGAGGACAUGCUGCAGCCUCAGGCAGUUUCUAAACAAGAAACACCUCACAAGGACAUCACUGGAGUAAACGGCCAUGACUCUACAUCUCCUCUCCAAGAGAACAAGAAAGAGACCGAAACUCCAAAACCGAUAAACAAGCCAAAUCGCUGGUGCUACUACAGCUCUACAGAGCAGCUGGACAAACUGAUAGAAGCUCUAAACACAAGGGGCCACAGAGAAAGUGCCUUAAAAGAUACACUGCAACUGGAAAAAAGCAAGAUCUGUCAGAGGCUGGAUAGUUUCCCAGUUAAUCGCUUCAACAUUGCAGAUAACACUCCACCAACAUUAGACUUUAAGCCUUGUCGCGGAAAGUUGCUCAAUGCAUCUGAGAGUUUACCAGUAUCUGCCGAGAAACAGCUUGAGCUUCGACUCUGUGACCUCAUUCUGGACAUUGAAGAUAGAAUCUAUCAGGGAACCUUGGGGGCUGUUAAGGUACCAGACAGGCAAUUGUGGCGGGCGGCUCUUGAAAACAAUGCAUUAGAACUUCUGAACGACGAAGCAAAGGAAAAUGGUUCAUCAAAACCUAUAAACCAUGAAAUGGAGGAAAUGGAAAUUGACAUAAAGCAAAGUGCUAAAGACAGGCUUCUGGGGUUGAAGAAUGACACUCCUAGUGCUACAUCCACAAGUACCAACACUCCCCAACCAGUGAAUAAUGCUGUGCGGUAUCUAGCACGUGCACUGCUUCAGAUUGAGCAGGGAGUAGAACGCAAAUAUCUGAAGGCUCCUCUUGGAGAUGCUGAGGAUACUAAGAAAGAUGCAAAAUCAGACAAAAAGAAGAAAGAUGACAAAAAAAAGAAGGAUGAGGAUCAAAACAGUGAGAAAGAUGAUGUGAGUGAGAGUGGUCGUGUCCAAAGGACAGUGUUAGACCGUUGGAGAGAGUCAUUGUUGUCAUCUGGGAGCUUCUCUCAGAUAUUCCUUCACUUAUCCACUCUGGAUCGUAGCAUUUUGUGGUCCCGCUCUAUCCUCAAUGCGCGCUGCAAGGUCUGUCGUAAGAAAGGAGAUGGAGAGAGCAUGGUGCUAUGCGAUGGCUGUGACAGAGGGCACCAUAUCUACUGUGUUAGGCCCAAACUUAAAUAUGUUCCAGAAGGAGACUGGUUUUGUCCAGAGUGUCAUCCCAAACAACGCUCCCAUAGGUUGCCAUCCAGACAUAGAUAUUCAAUGGAUAGUGAUGAGGAAGAAGAGGAAGAACUUGACGAAGAGGAGGAGGAGGAGGAAGAAGAGGAGCAAGAAGAGCUAAGUGAAUCUGAAAAUGAGCAGGAAGAUGAAAUGUCUGAAGAAGAAAGCCCACCAAAAAGAGGGAGAGCCAAAGUGCAAUUGCCUUUGAAGAUGAGAGGUGGAAAAGCAACUGGCAAACUAGGGCCCAAGCCAAAAACAGGGAAGCAAAGUACACCCAAAAAUACUCGGCCUGCACAAAAAGGUAGAGGCCAAGGAAGAAAAACACGUUCUGCACCAUCUCUCGAACCUACAUCUCGCCUCUCUGCAUCUGAUUCCCCAGCCCAUGGAGUUUCACCUAAUUCUUCCCUUGUAGAUGUAGUUACUGUAAAUGGCAGAGGACGAGGUAAAGGAAAGGGAAGAGGCAGAGGUAGAGGACGAUUGCAGAAAUCUGCAGAUAACACACCAGCAAGCAGCCCCUUUGCUUUCCGCCCCUUUAGUUUAGAUUCCAAUGAGCCAACUCCACCUGGAAGAAAGCCAAGGUCACAGAGUUUGUUACCCUCACAGGCUGAGCCCAAAGGAAGAGGCAAAAAGUGCUUAUCUGGAGAUAUUUCUUCAUUGGAACAAGGAAACCGGAGGAGCUCAGGAAGGCAUCAUGGUGUACAUGAACUGUCAGCUUGUGAGCAGCUGGUUGUAGAGCUGGUCCGGCAUGAUGACAGUUGGCCUUUCAUGAGACUGGUGUCUAAAAAACAGGUUCCAGAUUACUUUGAUGUCAUCCAGAGACCUAUUGCCUUAAAUCUUAUCCGUGAAAAAGUGAACAAAUGUGAAUACAAAUGUGCAUCGGAGUUCAUAGACGAUGUCCACUUGAUGUUUUCGAACUGCUUUGAAUACAACCACCACAACAGCAACGAAGCCAAAGCAGGAAUUCGCCUCCAGUCUUUCUUCAUCACCGAGGCUCAGAAUUUGGGGCUAGAAGUGUCUCCUAACAACAGAGCUCCUGCCAAAACACCUCCUGCCAAAAGAUCUCGCUUUUAACCUUUCUUUACUUUUAUCAGGGAUUCCAGACAAGGGACCAAGGGUGCCAGUCCCCCACCUUCUCUCUUUCCUGGUUGCUAGGGGCGUAGCCUGCUGCAUCAUCAAAAGUAACGACAAGCACUGAAUUAUUAUUAUUAUUAUUAUUAUUAUUAUUAUUAUUCUAAUCAGCACUCAGGGGAAAGCAGCUUUAAUGGCUGCUGCAGCAGGUUCAUUCAUGUAUUUUAUACAAGUCUAUAUGUAUAUCAGAUUAAUGUUAGACUGUUCAUUCCUCCAUUUAAGGUAAGAUGUUUUAGACUCAUAGCCGUGCUACUGUGUCUGAACCUCUAAAGUUAUAAGGUUUCUAUGGUUACCGCUUAAUGAUAAAAAUGUUCUGAUCCGUUUUACCCUGUUUGCAGAUUUACAGUUGAAACGAUGGGGAAGAAAUGGCGACCCUAUAGUUUCGGGCCAAGCAAACACUACUUGAGUGAAAUAAAGUGGCUAUAUUUUUUGUGACUAAUGGAGUAUUUCAGAAUUUCUUACCUAGAUAUUUAUUUAGAAUCCCAUGAAAAUAUGCAAAUGUUUUUUUGUUUGGUUUAUUUUGUAUUUAUGACAUUUUUGUACUUGGAAGAUACCACUUGUGAUAUAAAUUUGAUAUUGUUCCUAUCGGGUCCUAAAGACUUAGGGUUUGAGCCUGGAAUUGACUUUUGGGGAGUGUUGCAACUAGAUAUACAGUUACUUACACAAGGGAAUUGCUGAUUUUUUGGCAUUUUUUUGUGCCGGUUCCAGUGUAAAAGAACAAUAAAGUUUCCUUUUCAAA